AUGCGUCGGCCAACGCCCAAUGCCUCCCAUGGUCAACAAGCACCACAAGUCACCCAAGACUUUGAGAGGAUGUAUGCUGUAGAGAACAGCCAAGCCCGAAUUUACAACCUUGCGCAGUCUCUAAUGUGGAGCUCGGGAAGCACGACAAACACCAAGCCCCCUGAGCUUUCCGACGAAGAGGAUCGACUACUUCGCAACGCCGUUGCCUCGAGUACUCCUUUCCCCUACAUUAAAUCAUUCGUGUUCCUGGAUCGAACAGACAUCAGCACUGAGGCCUUGGAGUCCCGUGCGCGUGAGAAAGGCGCAUUGUGGGGAAAUUGGGAGGACUACUUGGUGAGAGAGUUCUUGGCCGAGGGCAAGGAGCCUGACCAUGAACUCAUCGCAAAACUGCAAGAAUGGUUACCAUGGCGAGAUAUUGAUACUCUUCGGGCCCGAAUCAGUUAA